AUGGUUUCUUUUCAGAGAAAACAAAUAAUAAAUUUACCAACAGUUUAUGUUGAUCAAUCUGGCCAUGGAAAUUAUUCAACUAUUCAAUCAGCAAUUGAAUCUGUUCCUCUAUAUAACCAAAAUUGGAUAUGUAUAUACAUCAAAGCUGGAGCAUAUAGGGAACAAGUGAAAAUCCCUAGAGAAAAGCCAUAUAUUUAUCUCAAAGGAGAAGGAAAAAGAAAAACAAAUGUGACAUGGGAUGGUCAUGACUCUAUUGCUACUGAUGCUACAUUCAUAUCUGAAGCUGAUUAUACACUUGUCAAAAGCAUAACCUUUAUAAAUUCUUAUAACAUUCCUCCAAAAGUGAAUGCUGUGAUGCAAGCAGUGGCAGCAAUGAUUUCUGGAGAUAAAUCAACAUUUUAUAGAUGUGGAUUUAUUGGAGUGCAAGAUACAUUGUGGGAUGUACAAGGAAGACAUUAUUUCAAACUUUGCACUAUUGUUGGAGCUGUUGAUUUCAUCUUUGGUGAUGGCCAAUCUAUCUAUGAGAGAUGUAGCAUAGUAGUAAAUGCAGGAGGAUUAAAUGGAAUAAUAGGAUUUAUUACAGCACAAGGAAGAACAAGACCAAAGGAUCAAAGUGGAUUUGUUUUCAAAGAUUGUGGAGUUUUUGGAACUGGAUUUACAUUUUUAGGGAGGCCAUGGAGGGACUAUGCUAGGGUUCUUUUCUAUAAUUGUUCCAUGUCAAACGUCGUCGUUUCGCCCGGUUGGGCUGCUUGGAAUUUUAUUGGACGAGAGAAUCAAUUGACAUUUUCUGAGGAAAAUUGUAAAGGAAUUGGAUCAAACACUACACAAAGAGUGUCAUGGACAACCAAGUUGAGCCAACAAGAGUUGCAACAAUUAAUAAGCCUAUCAUUUAUUGAUAAUGAGGGUUGGAUUAUGAAGCAGCCCCUCAAAGUACUAUAG